UUUAGUCAGUCGGCAGCCCGCACCCAGGCAAGAGCCACUACAACCUGUGAGAGUCGCUGACACGAUUCAAUCCUGGUCAAGAUGUUAUGAUGUAAAGCGACGCGAAGGCAAGGCGGUCACGAUCCAUGCUUACUUCCGAUGCAGAGUGAGGGUGACGUAACUUCAUCUCGCGAGGGCAGCAAGGUCGCCCGUGUAAUGUAACAGAACUACGGAUUUUCCCCCGGUCGCGUAAAACGUCAAGUGCGGGAAUUACAGGAUCGUUUCAGUUCUUGUAAUUCGUCUUAUUGGAAAGCAAUAAAAGCCCUUGGUAUCGUCUCCUAACCUCCCGUGAACGCAGAAGAAAACUUGCUUCUGAAGGAGGCGCACCACCCGAGCUCCUCCCAACACCCAGUGAUCAUUUUCAACCGAGAAAGCUGUUUCUUUUCAAUCCGACGAGAAAUAUAAUCAACUGAAGAACCAUGACAGGAGAAGCGACAACAUCCCUCAGCCCCACAGCCCGCGUCGGCCCUGCCAAGGCGUCUCUGCUGCCGCUGCUGGACGACGCCUUCGCUCAACUCAAGGUGCCGUCCUUCAUCCACGUGAACCUGGACGCCGUGGCCCACAACAUCGAUGUUCUCAAGGGCCUUUCUUCAUCUCAUACAGAGAUUAUGGGGGUUGUGAAGGGCAGUGCUUACGGCUCUGGUCUCCUGCCGGUGGUGGAAGUCCUCCUGGAGAAGGGCGUGAAGGAAUUAUCAGUUGCCACAGUGGCCGAGGGGGUCUACUUGCGAAGGCAUGGGAUACAGGUCCCUAUUACUGUUCUAGGUAACCUACUGCCGUGUGAAGUGAGCGACGUGACACAGCAUCAUCUCAUUCCGUCCCUCAGCUGGUCGCACGCCCUCACCUCACUACCUCGAGAGGCCUUGGUUUAUCCGGACGGCUCGAGACUCAGAGUGGCCAUCAACAUCGACACGGGGAUGUCUCGCUAUGGCGUCCAACCCGAGGACCUUCCCGCGCUGGUGCAAGAGCUGGACGACCUGGAAGUCAACAUCUACUCCUUGUAUACGCACUUCCAGUCCGCCAUCACAGAGAGGGAGAAGAACCGCAAACAGCUCGACCUCUUUCUCGAAGCUUCUGAACCUUUCACGUCCCGUGGUAUUACUCGACACGUGGCAGCUACAACAGGAUGUGUGCAGGACCUUGGGACUGACCUGGACUUCAUAAGACCCGGUGGAGCUAUCACGGGCUUAUGUUCAGGUAGCGACCGAGAAGGAACGGAGCAGUUCGCAAUUAAAGGCUUCCAACCAGCGUUCUCUGUGGUUACUAGGCCUACCUUCUACAAGCUCCUGAAGGCGGGACGAGACAUCGGCUACGACGGAACGUACACAACUUCUGAAGACGAGUGGAUCGCCAACUUCACUACAGGGUGGUCUGAUGGCCUUAGUCGACGUCUUAGCAAUGGCGUCGGGGCGGUCAAGAGAGUUAACACAGGUGAACGGUGCCCCAUCGUUGGUCGAGUGUCCAUGGACUCCAUCACCGUACGCCUCCCUGAAGAGCCUUCUCCUGGUGAGGUGUUCCAAGUCCUCACUGAUGACUUCGACGACGUGACUUCAGCAGUGGGCAUGGCGAGGAACCUAGGCGGCGCCACCUACGAGAUGCCCGGAAACUGGUCUACGCGGUUGCCUCGCCUCUACACUCGCAACGGAAAGAUCGUCAGGAUCUGCCCGAGCCUUGAAUACACAUGUUGAGGGAUUUACGGCAGAUUGAGGCUUCCUCGUUAUAGCGGGGAUGAUGGUUGAUAGUGAUGGGUGUGAAAUGAUGGGAGCAUGUUGGUCAGAGUCAUAUGAUUGGGGGGAGGGUUCAGAGAGAAUCUGAAUAUCCAUCCUCAGAACUGACGUAGGCAGAUAACAAAAUAAAGGGUCCUUUUGGAGGUCGUUGUAGGCCCCCCAGGCGGCUUUGUACCUUGAAAAUGCAAAUUUAUGUAUAGCACGACUAUAAUUUUUUUUUUAGAAAACCGGUGGUCAUGGCCCCAACCCUCACGUAUCUAACACGUAAAAGUCGACAUUCUUGGUAUUUACACAACAGCACUUUUAAGGGUAAUGUAAUGAUCAGAUGAUGGUGGUUAUCACAGAUUAUUCAUCUUUUCAUUUCUCGUAAUGUACCAAGAUAUACAAUGAAGAAGAGAUGAUGAUAAUGGAAGACGCUAAAGUGUGGUACUUCAUUCUUUUAAUCUUAUGAAUAACUCUGAUAGUUUUCCCUUCUCAUAUAUUUAAAAACCAUAUAUACCACACUAUGCUUGCUUGCAUAAUUAUUGAAGGCACUGAACUGGGGUUGGAAUUGCACUAAACUCUAUUUCUUGUUUCAUCCCUUAUAAUUCUUCUUUAUUUAUUGAUAUACACCAUGUGACUCAAGCGAAAUGAAAAAAAUCGUUGUCAUAUAGGAAAUUCUAUAUAUUAUGCUGAAUAUUUUUUCCACGUUAAUUGUUAAUCCUUGUAAGAUUUUCCUUGAAUGUAACUAAUCAUAUAUAGAGAUAGCCAUCGACUACUCUACCCUCAAAGUUAAAGAGCAGUAUCUAUAUUUUUGUCCAAAUUAUCAUACCCAAAGGAUUUAACCCCUUCUUAAAUCCACUAUCUCCACCUUCUGGACACCUCAGAUUCUAAAACGUGUCCUUAUUUACCGAGAUUUUUACAAUUUUCAUCAACAGUAACUGCAAAGAGGCAGUGGCGACACCACGUAGAAAACCAAAUUUCUCAAAAUCAUGAUUUUGUAGAUACUGCUUUGGGGACAGUAAUGCUUGUGUGUGUUGAAAGAAAAGUGAUCAUAAAUCUUAAUGUGCAAUAAUUGUCUUCUUAUCUUAUCUCCCCCCCCCCCCCUCUCUCUCUCUCUCUCUCUCUCUCUCUCUCUCUCUCUGUCUCUCUCUCUCUCUCUCUCUCUCUCUCUCUCUCUCUCUCUCUCUCUCUCUCUCUCUCUCUCUCUCUCUCUCUCUGUAUAUACACAUAAUUAUUUAUUUAUUCAUAAUUUGGUGAUCUUGCGAAACAUAGAAAGUAUUUUGAUGUGGGCCGUAGAAUCAUGCAAUUGUAGUUAUUUGUGCGGGAUUUUAUCAAAUAAAUUUAGUAUGUAGCACACACACACGCACACACAUACAAACAUCUGUAUACAGGUGUGUGUGUGUGUGUGUGUGUGUGUGUGUGUGUGUGUGUGUGUGUGUGUGUGUGUGUGUGUGUGUGUGUGUGUGUGUGUGUGUGUGUGUGUCCAUACAGUAUUUAUAUAUGUGUGUGUGUAAAUAUUUGUGUUUAAGUGUUCAUGGUUAUGUACAGUGCAUACCGUUUAGUUACACAUAUCUAUUUGAAAUAUAUAUAUUCAGGAAUACAUAUAUGAACAUUACAAAUAAAUUUUUGAAGAUCC